AUGGCUUACAACGCGGAUACGAACCGCUUCACCAUAGCGGAUUACACAUAUGAUCGAGAUCAAUACGAAGCCGAACCCGAGGCUGAAUCCAGCUCAGCAGCAAUGGCAAGAGCCGCUUAUGAUAGUUUAUCGCCUGUUGUCGAAGGGUCAAGAGCUUCAUCUAGUGUAUCUCCACCGGUCGCUGCCUAUCGACCUAAAGUUCAGAGACAACCUACAGACGGAGUACCCAUAUCGGCCAGUGGUGGGACAUUGAAAUUACAUGAUUAUCCACCUACAUCACCUCCUCGUCGUCCAUCUACAUCCCCCACAACACUGACGAUCCCCCAACUCUCUCCUGCCCACUCGUACUCUUCAACCCAACCACUCAAUAUUCGUCCAGAAUCAGCUAUGAGCGAAGAUCGUAUAACAUUAGAUGAAGAAAGAGAUCUCGAACAUGAGGGAGAUAGGAGAUCGGUGUAUAGCGAUAUGAGCGAGAAACACGCUCAUGCUCAAACAACAUAUGAUCAGCCGAAAACUCCUAAUACGGGAUUCACAAGGAUGACAACGACGACGAGAAAUAAGUCUCUAUGGAGGAGGAUGAUCCCUUCAACUACGUUGACGAAAUGUCUGCUGGGGACUAUAUUGAUUGAAACGGUCAUUAACCUUGCCAUCGAGGGGAAUAUCCUGUACAGGUUCAAUGAAGAAGUCGAAUCUACCACUUCGACAGAUCUGGAAUGGGAGAACAGAAGGAGACUACCUAUUUACUUGAUCAUAUUCGGUUUAGCACAUUUAUGGCAAAUAGUCCUCACUGUCAUUGCCAUCCGUACCAAAAACACCAUCCAAGUCAUGUCCGUGACAGCAUUCAAUUUUGCUUUUUUGGGAUAUGCCGUCAUUCAGAUAUACGAAUUGAGAAAGGUCCUAGGUGAUAAUUUGGCCAACGAAUUGACGGGUAAUGAAGGGGAUAACACAUUGAUGACUAUACCUCUGAACGUUUUGACCGCUUUGAUCAUUGCGGUGGUAGCGCUCAGUUGUCUGAUUUUGACCGGGUUGAGCUUUUAUUUACAAAGGGAAUUCGGUUGGCAAAGAUAUCGAUUCCUCGGAGCGGACCUUAUGAUCAGAGAAUAUUAUACCAAGUUACAGGUGUUUGAAUGUAUUUGUUAUUUCUCGGCAUUCUUCUGUGCUGGUUUCGGUAUUCAGUUUAUAUGGCUCGUGCUUAACCCAGAUGACGUUGAAUACAUUAUAACCUGGAUCGCAUUCCCCUUGUUACUGGUAUUCCUGGUUAUAGGAAGGUUUGCAGCAAAAUAUGAAAACAAAUAUAUGAUGGCCGCAUUCAUGGUUGGACUAGUAGCUGGAUGUGCCUACUUCAUCUUCAAAUUAGCUAGAAUAUGGCAACAGGACGAUACGACUUAUCGAACCCUUGCCAAAUCAUUGACCACGUUCGAUGCGCUGAGUAUUGUCAGUCUUCUGGCGUGCGCAGUGUGGGGCGUGAUGGUUUGGUUGAAUUUCGGUAAAGGGUUGAAACAGGCUCUGCUGGCCAGACCUGGUACAAUAUCUUCUAUCGUUGGAUUGUGGAGAUCUAAAAGUAAUGAAACUCUGGAGAAGAAUCAGGAGAUGGUCAUGGCUCAAAGGAGAAUAUCUAUUGAUUAG